UUUGUCCUCACAACGUAACUUACUACCCGGUGCUAUCUUGCCGAUUUUCCCCUUGCCGCCGCAGGCCGUCCUCGUCGUCCUCGACGGUGAGUUCGAGUGACGAACAAGUCGGGUCCAUGAGCGCGCCACAACAGGUCGUAGCCUCGCCCACAGUCUUCCUCAAGUAGAUGUCAACGGACCUAGGACGCCAGUUACAGAUCAACUAUGCUGGUACACUUAUCGCCUUUGCGAUCCUCUACUACGACUACGCUCUCACCCUCAUCAAUGAGAUCACAUUCUUCUGGCCACCGAAGAACCGUAUUACUUGGCCUUCACUGCUCUACUUCAUCACCCGCUACUUCGCUAUCCUUGGACAUCUCCCUGCAUUCAUCGCCAGCUUCGUUUCCGAAUAUAAUUCCAAGGAGAACUUUUGCCAUGGCGUGCACACCUACCACUUCAUCUACAUCAUCCUCAUCCAAUUCUUAACCGCAAUCCUUUGCAUCCUCCGCGUAUCAGCGCUCUACUCGCAUUGCCGCGCCGUCCUCACCGGGCUCGUGCUCGUUAUGGUGGCGACCUUCGUCCUAUUAUGUUGGAGUCUAUUCAUGCCGCAUGACUCUAUCAAGUUCCUCGACGUCAACAUACCGGGCUGUAAUCCGAUUUACUCCGUCGCCGACGGCCGACGCUAUGCGGUAACCUGGUCCGGCGUUCUCGUCUUCGACAUCGCCAUAUUCGUCUUGACGCUCAACAAGGCGCUCAGAAUCGGCUGGCACAACCCGUACACGCUCUGGCAUGUCUUGUUGAGGGAUGGAACGGUUUACUUCGUCGUCCUCUUCUUCUCCAACGCCCUCAACAUAACCCUCUUCCUCCUCGGCCCCGCGCUCCACAAAGGCGUAGGCGCACUAAUCACAAACGCCCUCUCCGCGACCCUCGUCUGUCGUCUCAUGCUUUCUCUGCGCGCCGAAUCGGACCGGCUGGGUGUUGAGAGGGCGAGAGCGGCGGCGGAGGGACAGCCGGGGAUGAGUGCGUUUGGGGAGGAAUAUAUACUAGGCGAUGAGGACGGGGACGGGAGGGAUUUUGAGUUGGGGGAGUUGGAGUUUACUGGGAUGGCUGGGAGGAGCUUGAGUUUUAGUGUUGAUGGGUGUAUGGGUAGGAGUGGCGAUAGGGACAAGGAUGAGGAUGGGGAUGGGGAUAUAGAGUCCCGUGGGAGUGUGAGGCGUAUGAAGGUUUUGAACGGGAAGACGUCUGGAGAGGUUGAGUCGUCGUUUAUGGAUGCCAGGUCGGGAUCGGAAUUUUUGGGACUUGGGACGGGGCAUACGGCGCAGACGAGUGAGAGGAGCAGUGCGAGGUUGUUGCCGAAUUUGGAUUUUGAGGAUCGUCAUGAGCACGGAGUCAGAGUCGUUUCUUUGCCGGUCCUUCGAGCGGAUGAUGCGGUGGGGGUAGGGCAUGGCGGGGUAGUAGAGGUACGGAGGGAGAAGAAGAGUCUCGAUGUUUGAAGGAUUAGGGGGUUGAGAGAUCGGCUGUCCGAUGUGGCAGGGACACUGACAGCGCGGUUCGCUCUUAUUCUCUAUUCUACUGGGUUUAGGUUACGGUUUUUGCGCUAAUACACACGCAUUCUGGUAGGUAGGAUAAACAAUACGCAUAUGUAUUUUUUCCAUACCAUACAUCACUGCCAAUCAGAUCUAUAGCAUUCUGCAUCAAUA